AUGGUGGAAUUGGUUGUGAUAUUACUAUUAGCAACUCCAAUUGCAACAGCAGCUCAAGCCCUGCCUGGCUGCCAAGAUCAUUGUGGCAAUCUCACAAUCCCAUAUCCAUUUGGUAUAGGCCCUGGCUGCUACCUCCAACCCGAAUUCAACAUCACUUGCAACCAAUCCACCCAGCCCCCAACAGCAAAUUUGAAGACAAGCAAUAUCAAAAUCACCAACAUAUCCCUUGAAGAGGGUGAGCUCCAAAUUCAGCAAUAUGUAGCCGAAGACUGUUACAACGCUCAGGGCAACCGGACGGACAGAAACGUCCCCAGGCUCCGGGUGUCUCCUCCCUACACCAUCUCCCAUACCAAGAACAAGUUCUACGCCCUUGGCUGCGACACGUUAGCGUAUUUUACUGGCUACCGGGGCAACCAACGGUACACGACGGGGUGCGUGUCCAUAUGUGAUAGUCUAGAUAUGGCUGUUGACGAGCAGGACACUUGCUCCGGCGUAGGCUGUUGCCAAGUGUCCAUCCCUAGCGGACUGAAAAAUCAGACUGUCAUGUUGACAAGCCCUACAAAUCGCACGGGCAUAUGGGACUCUCACCCUUGCAGCUACGCGUUUAUUGUGCAAGCUGACCGCUUCGAAUUCAGUCGUACGAGUUUGCAACUGAUGAACAACAAAAGUUUGCUUCCGGCGGUUCUUAAUUGGGAAAUUGGGAAUCAGUCAUGUGAAGCAGCUCAAAAGAGCGAAGGUUUUGCAUGCAAGGGAAAUAGCACCUGUACUACUGUUGGGUCGGCAGGUUACACUUGCAAGUGCAUGCCAGGUUACCAUGGGAAUCCAUACCACCCAGAUGGUUGCCAAGAUACUGAUGAGUGCAAGGAUUCAAACCCCUGCCCUAUCGGAACGUGCAUAAAUUUACUGGGAAAUUAUUCUUGUAAAUGUCCCGAAGGGUACAAAAAUGACGUCAUGGAUGAAAAGAAAUGCAUCAAAGACAACAGUCGUUCAAAGAUCAUUCUCCCGCUCGUUAUUUCAUUGGGUGCCAGUGGAGGCUUCUUGCUUUUACUGGUUGGAAGUUUAUGGAUAUAUUGGGGUAUGCAGAGAAGAAAGUUCCUCAAACUCAGAGAGAAAUACUUCAAAGAAAAUGGCGGCUUAUUAUUACAACAACUCGCUAGUCAAGGAGGCUCUAUGGAAACAACAAAAAUCUUUACAGCAGAAGAACUUGAGAAGGCCACUAACAACUACCACGAAAGUAGAAUCCUUGGUGAAGGAGGCUAUGGAACGGUUUACAAAGGAAUAUUACCAGAUAACAGUGUGGUUGCCAUAAAGAAGUCAAAAGUUAAUGGUGCGCCAGCUCAGAGUGACGUUUUUAUUAAUGAGGUGAUUGUUCUCUCUCAAAUCAAGCACAGAAAUGUGGUGAGGUUAUUAGGUUGUUGUUUAGAGACACCGGCGCCAUUACUGGUUUACGAGUUCAUUGUUGAGGGCACUCUUUCUGAGCACAUCCAUAAAAAUAUUGACAAAAGAUCAUCACUUUCGUGGGAGCUGCGAUUGAAUAUAGCGACAGAAACAGCAGGAGCACUAGCAUACUUACACUCCUCUGCUCUCAUGCAAAUUAUCCACCGAGAUGUGAAAGCAACAAACAUACUAUUGGAUGAACAUUACACGGCAAAAGUGUCCGACUUUGGAGCUUCAAGAUUGAUCCCUCUAGAUCAAACUCAACUAACAACGUUAGUGCAAGGAACAUUUGGAUACUUAGACCCCGAAUACUUCCUUACAAAUCAACUGACGGAAAAGAGUGACGUCUAUAGCUUCGGAGUUGUUCUUAUGGAGCUAUUGACAAGCAAAGUGGCACUUUCAUUCGCCAGGCCCGAGGAGGACAGAAACCUAGCCAACUUCUUUGUUCGUUUCAUGGAGGAAGAUCGCUUGAAUGAGGUUCUUGAUGAUGACAUAGUCAACGAGAGAAACGUUGAGACACUAAAAAAGGUGGCAGAAGUCGCAAAAAGAUGUGUAAGGUUAAAAGGGCAGGACAGGCCUAGCAUGAAAGAAGUAGCAAUGGAGCUAGAGGGAAUGAGAGUUACACCAAAGCAACCAUGGGGAAAAUCUGAAGUUUCAAGUCCAGAAGACACUGAGUACUUACUUGGUUCAGCUAUGAAUUCAGACGCUUAUUUUGUGGAUGUUAGAGGUGAUUUUGGUUCUAGAGGUGCAACUAUUGGUACAACCAGUGGGUACGAUAGCAUUCAAAUCCAAAUGGUAAUGCCGUAUGAUGGACGAUAG